UGGUUCGGUUCCGUCGUGCACAGGCCGCCGCCGCCGCGGCCGCGCGCCUUGUUUCCGUGCGCGAUGCGCGUGCUGGAGGAUCUGGAGGAUCUGCAGGAUCUGCAGGAUCAGUGAUGCCCGACAGCUGCAGCGAUGGUUCUGGCCCCGCCCACCAACCGGUCUGACUCCGCCCCCUUCGCUCCGCCCCCGACGCCGCGUCACAUGUCCUUCAACUCCAGCGUCCCGGCCUCGUUACCCAGCAGCCCCCUGGGCGGCGGCGGCGCGGCCCAGCCCAACGGGACGGCGUCCCCCGCGCUGCUAGCGGCGGGUGAGCUAGCGGCGGGCGAGCUAGCGGCGCUGGGAGUGGCCUUCGCGCUGCUGUGGCUGGUGUCGGUCGUUGGCAACGCGCUGGUGGUCCUGGUGAUCCACCGCAGCCGCCGCGCCCAGUCCACCACCAACUACUUCGUGGCGGCGCUAGCCUGCGCCGACCUGCUGCUCAGCCUGGGCUGCGCGCCGCUAGCGCUGCUGCAGGUGGCGGCGGCGGGGCGCUGGCCGCUGGGCGGCGCCGCCUGCAGGGCGGUGCGGUUCCUGCAGCACCUGUGCCCCGGCGUGCAGGUGCACGUGCUGCUGUCCAUCGCCGUCGACCGGUUCUACACCAUCGUGCACCCGCUCAGCUUCAAGGUUUCUCGUGAGACGGCUAAGCGAAUGAUCGCGGCGUCGUGGCUGCUGGACGCCGCCUUGGCCGCGCCGUGCGUCGUCCUCUACGGCGGCGCUAGCUCCGCUAGCUCCGGCGGCUGCGACUACUUCCUGCCUAGCGACGGCUGGGCCGGCGUCACCUACGCCGCGGUGCAGCUGCUAGCCGGGUUCCUGGCGCCGGCGGCGCUAGCGGCGUCCUUCUACCAGCGCGUGGUGCGGCACGUGUGGCGCGUGGGCGCCGACGGGCGCUCGCUGCGCCGCACCACCAACGUGGUCCCGCGGACUAAAGUCAAGACCAUCCAGAUGUUCCUGGUGCUGAACGGCGUCUUCUUCCUCAGCUGGGCGCCGUUCUACGCCGCGCAGCUGUGGCGCCCGGCCGGCCCGGACCCGCGCUACAGCCGCCGCCGCGAGCUAAUGCUGUUCGCCGCCGUGGCCUGGACCUGCCUGGGCUCGGCGGCGUCCAAGCCCACGCUCUACUCCGUCUUCAACGCCAACUUCCGGCGCGGCAUGAGGGAGACGUUCUGCUCGUCCUCCAUGAAGUGUUACCGUAGCAACGCCUACACCAUCACCGCUAGCUCCCGCGUGGCUAAGAAGAACCACGUGGGCGUGGUGGACCUGCCGGCGCCGGCCAAGGCCGCCAGGGACGAGAAGUACGACGCCUUCGGCCGCGACGCCAAGGAGAAGAAGCUAGCCUGGCCGAGCAGCGGCAGCGCUAACCCGCCCAACACCUUCGUGUGAGCGCUAGCUGGAUGCUAAUGGGCUAGCUGGACACUAAUGUGCUAGCUGGAGGCUAACGUACUAGUUGGAGGCUAACGAGCUAGUUGGAGGCUAAUGUACCAGCUGGACGCUAAUGAGCUAGUUGGAGGCUAAUGGACCCUAACAUGCUAGCUGUACGCUAACAUGCGAGCUGGAUGCCAUCGUGCUAGCUGGAUGCUAAAAUGCAAUCUGGAGGCUAACGGACGCUAAGGUGCUACUUGGACGCUAAUGAGCUAUUUGGAUGCUAAUGUGCUAGCUGGAGGUUAAUAUGCUAGCUGAAUGCUAACAUGCUAGUUGGACACUAACAUACUAGCUGGAUGCCAUCGUGCUAGCUGGAUGCUAAAAUGCAAUCUUGAGGCGCUAAGGUGUUAGUUGGACGCUAAUGAGCUAUUUGGAUGCUAACGUACCAGCUGGACACUAACAUGCUAGCCUGAUGCUAGCGUGCUAGCCUGAUGCUAGCGUGCUAGCUGGAUACUAAUGUUUAUAACUGGAUGCUAACAUGCUAGCUGGAUGCUAGCGUGCUAGCUGUACGCUAACGUGCUAGCUGGAUGCUAACAUACAUACUCUU